CCUGACCGCGGGGACUCCAGUACGCCCGGCCGACGUCCACCGCGCUUGCUUCCGCCCAGCACUGGCCCAGCCAUGUCUUCCUCCGUGUGGGAGACUUCGCCCCUGCGCCGGGUGUUCGUGGUGGGGGUUGGCAUGACCAAGUUCAUGAAGCCUAGAGUUCAGAAUUCAAGAGACUACCCUGACUUGGCAAAAGAAGCAGGCCAGAAGGCUUUAGCUGAUGCACGGAUCCCUUAUUCAGCAGUGGAACAGGCAUGUGUUGGCUACGUUUAUGGUGACUCUACCUGUGGACAGAGGGCUAUCUAUCACAGUUUGGGACUGACUGGAAUUCCUAUAAUCAAUGUCAACAAUAACUGUGCUACUGGUUCUACUGCUUUGUUUGUAGCCCGGCAGCUGAUUCAGGGGGGUGUGGCAGAUUGUGUCUUGGCUCUUGGGUUUGAGAAGAUGGAGAAGGGAAGCCUUGGAUCAAAAUUUUCAGAUAGGACCAGUCCAUUAGAUAAACAUCUUGAUGUCCUGAUCAAUAAGUAUGGAUUGUCUGAGCACCCAGUUGCUUCUCAGAUGUUUGGGUGUGCUGGAAAAGAGCACAUGGAAAAAUAUGGAACAACAAUUGAACACUUUGCAAAAAUUGGAUGGAAAAAUCAUAAACAUUCAGUUAAUAACCCGUAUUCCCAGUUCCAAGAUGUAUACAGUUUAGAAGAAGUAAUGGCAUCUCCAAAAGUUUUUGAUUUUUUGACUCUGUUACAGUGUUGUCCCACUUCAGAUGGUGCUGCAGCAGCAAUUUUGGCUAGUGAAGCACUUGUACGAAAGUAUGGCCUACAGCCCCAAGCUGUGGAAAUUUUGGCACAAGAGAUGGUGACUGAUUUACCAAGCUCAUUUGAAGAAAGAAGCAUUAUUAAAAUGGUUGGCUUUGAUAUGAGUAAAGAAGCUGCCAGAAAAUGCUAUGAGAAAUCUGGCCUGGGACCAAGUGACAUUGAUGUAAUAGAACUUCAUGAUUGCUUUUCUUCUAAUGAACUCCUUACUUAUGAAGCACUGGGACUUUGUCCAGAAGGACAAGGUGGAGCAUUGGUUGAUAGAGGAGACAAUACAUAUGGGGGAAAGUGGGUCAUAAAUCCUAGUGGUGGAUUGAUUUCAAAGGGACAUCCACUGGGAGCUACAGGUCUGGCUCAGUGUGCUGAGCUCUGCUGGCAGCUGAGAGGGGAAGCCGGAAGGAGGCAGGUUCUUGGUGCAAAGGUUGCUCUGCAGCAUAAUUUAGGUCUUGGAGGAGCUGUGGUUGUAACACUCUACAAGAUGGGUUUUCCCGAAGCCGCCAGUCCUUUUAGAACUCAUCAAAUUGAGGCUGCUCCAACCAGCUCUGCAGGUGAUGGAUUUAAGGCAAAUCUUGUCUUUAAGGAGAUUGAGAAGAAACUUGAAGAGGAAGGGGAGCAGUUUGUGAAGAAAAUUGGUGGUAUUUUUGCUUUCAAGGUGAAGGAUGGCCCUGGAGGUAAAGAAGCUACGUGGGUGGUGGAUGUGAAGAAUGGCAAAGGAUCAGUCCUGCCUAACUCAGAUAAGAAGGCUGACUGCACAAUCACAAUGGCUGACUCGGACUUACUGGCUUUAAUGACUGGUAAAAUGAAUCCUCAGUCGGCCUUCUUUCAAGGCAAAUUGAAAAUCACUGGCAACAUGGGUCUGGCUAUGAAGUUACAGAAUCUUCAGCUCCAGCCAGACAAAGCUAAGCUAUGAAGAACUCCCUUUAGCUACUUUUGAAAAUCAAGAUGAGAUAUAUAGAUAUAUAGAUAUAUAUCUUUAUAUUUCAUUGUCAGAACUUAGACUGAAACUAUGCACUGGCAAUUAGUGUGAGAUUUGUUUUUAAAUGGGUGUAACCAAUCCUGUUUUUCCUAAGCUCUGGGUGAAUAGAGCCUGAUGGCGAACUACUGCUUUGCUGAAUUGCAUACAGCUGUGCAUCACAAAGUUAAUAUGGUAAUUAUGGUUUGGGGUAAAAUUGAGUUUCAGAAUAAAAUUAAGAACAGUAAAAUAUUUUAAAAAUUAUGUAAACAGAAGCUCUCGUUUUGCUUGUAAAGUAUAUUUAAGGAUUAUUCUGCUGAGGAUUCAAUUUUAGAGUUUUCUUUGGGAGAACUAGGGAAGAAACAGAAUAGUAGUAGCUAACUAGUAAUUAGUGUUGUGUACUUAAUGACCUUAAUUGAUUUCUCAGUAAUAGUUCUUAAAAUUACGUACUGGGAUUUUUUUUUUUUAAUUUUUUUUUUUUUUUUUAAAUUGCCAUCAGAAAUGGUAUUUUCUUCCCAAAUCAAAAUAAAAUAUGGUCAGAGCUUGGGGGAUAAAAAUCUAUAGCUGAAUACAGACCUAUUUUUAAAAUAAAAAUAUUUUUAAAUGGGUUUCCUUCUUAAAAAAUCAGUGUAUUAGAGUCAUAAAACACUGUUGUUAAAAAUAAUUGAACAAAUAAAGUUUGCUUUGAGAUGCACAGUUUUCAAACUAUAAUCUCAUAUUAAUUUAACUAAAUUUAUAAAGCUCUUUGUUAUAAUUUCCUUUUUCAUAUAAGUUUAGUUUAAUUAUCUGCAUUAUUUUUCUUCCUAGUUUUUCUAAUGCUAAUAUUAUUUCUUAUAAUUCAGUGAGAUAUGGGGUAAAAUAAUGCUUUUGGAAGAAUGUUUCAUAGAAAAUUAAAAUAGCUCUUCCUGGUCUCCUUUG